AUGGAGGAUGAGAUAUUGCCUGAUACAAGAUCAGUAAUAGACAGCGGAUUUGUAACUGAAAUACUUAGCCAAAAUAGUCCUGCUAGUUCUGAAAUCUUUAAUCUGGAAACUGCAGUAAUUAAUAAUCCCAUUGAAGAAGAAUUGCUAUCUACUCAAGACAAUCAUUUACGCACUGUAAACGUGGGAGAGACUUUGUUAGAUCAGUUCAAGUAUCCACUUACCAUUGAAAAUCAAAAUAUAAUAGUAAAAGUUGAAGUACAUCCACCUGGAAACAACAGCUGUGAUGAUGAUGAUCUUGAAAAAUACAAGGAAUUAAAUCUUCCAGAAGAAGCUGAGCAUAUGCAUUCACCUAAUCUGCCUUCAAAUGGUGUCCACUUUCUUUCUCCUGUAGCGAUGCAGCCUAAAAAUUGCAACAUUCCAACUUCAAGCAUUUUCUCUCCAGAAGGAAGGGCCGAUCAAAAUGUUAGAAUGAUACCAGUAAGAUUAAAAUAUUCCAGUGAUAUCUGUGGCUUACCUCAGACUAGUGCUUCUGUCUGUGAUGAAAUAGCUGAGGUAAGAGAGGCAGUUAGUAAUGUUAUUGAGAAUCACCAAGACAGAGCAAUUUUUCAGAGUUCAAAUGUUGAUGAGUCUGGUUGCAAGUUAUUAGCAUUGCGCAGUGUAGCAGAGGAAUCCAGAUGUUCACACAGAAAUGAUUCCAACCCUGUGGUUAUCUGCCAGUUGGAAGGAGGUACUCAAAUACUCUGUGUAACUUGUGGCACACAAGAACUAAAAUCAGUUCAAAUAAUUCCUGAGUAUCACAACCAACAUAAUUACCUUCAGUCAGGUGUGGACGACCCUGUAACAGCUGUACUGGGGCAGUUUUUGCCUGUUCCGGGUGAGCUGGUUCUAAAUGAACAAGAGUUUGAAAAUGGACCCCUACAACCAGUAGCUAGCACUGCCACAUUCCAUCUAGAAUCAAAUCUGCAUGGGCCAGUGAAAAUGACCUCAGAGGGCUUACCUUUUGGUUCAGGGGUUAGAAAGUCUAAGAAACCAUGUAACUGCACAAAAUCUCAGUGUCUUAAAUUAUACUGUGAUUGCUUUGCCAAUGGUGAUUUUUGCAACAACUGCAACUGCAAUAAUUGUUACAACAAUCAACUUAAUGAAACUGAGCGAUUUAAAGCCAUUAAG